AUGAACUCCUUCCGCGUUGCCCGUGCGGCUCUCCGAGCUCGCCCCUCCGCCAUCCGAGUCCCUCUCCAGCGAAGAACCUACGCCGAGGCCGUCCCCGACAAGGCAAGAUUCAGCGAACCCAUCAAGCUGAGCCUUGCCCUCCCUCACCAGUCUAUCUACAAGUCCCAGGAUGUCGUCCAAGUCAACAUCCCCGCCGAGUCUGGAGAGAUGGGUGUCCUCGCCAACCACGUUCCUUCCAUUGAGCAGCUGAAGCCUGGUCUGGUUGAGGUUGUCGAGGAGUCCGCUGGCUCCAAGCAGUUCUUCCUCUCUGGUGGUUUCGCUACCGUUCAGCCCAACUCCGUCCUCAGCAUCAACGCCGUUGAGGGAUACCCCCUUGAGGACUUCAGCGCCGAGGCCAUCCGAGCCCAGAUCGCUGAGGCCCAGAAAGUUGCCAACGGCAGCGGAAGCGAGCAGGAUAUUGCUGAGGCCAAGAUCGAGCUGGAGGUUCUCGAGACCCUGUCUGCGCACGUGAAAUAA